GUUGGGACCGUUGGCGCCUCACAGUCGGUCGUUGCUCCUUCUUCCCGGCCUGGCAUUUCUUCACUCCCUCCCUCUCUCGACCUUUCGUUUUCGACUGAAAGAUUCAGAGCAGAAACGGAGGGGAUUGACGAACAAUGCCAGCCAUAACUCUUUCACAGUUCGCAUUUCGUCCUCCUUCACCCUCUUCUCUUAGCUCUCCUUGCAGGAAGCUGUCUUCUAAACUCUCGCUUCAUGAAUCUGUUCCCAUUCUUUUCAGGUUUUCAAGUGGUUGCCAGGCCACAACUCGCAAAGAGCAGUAUUGGCGCAAAUCAGAAGUGGUUUCGAAAUAUUACGAUGGCCAAGAACUUCGUCGUCGUGACUACUGCAGCUGUGAAUUAUCUACAAGAUCAGUAACCGUUAUGGAUAAUCCUUGGGCCUUUGAGAAGUCAUUGGCAAAGGGAAUUCAUGAAAAUAUAGAUAACCAUGAAUCUAGCAGUGCAGUCAGCAGUUCAGUUCUGAAGUUCAUGCUCCUGUCUGGUUUCUUCAUACUUCAAAACUCUCAGCAGGCAUUAGCCGGUUCAGAUGUUGCUACUGGGUUGCAGUCAGUCCCUCUUCUGGGAGACCUUGGUGAUAUUAGCACAGGUUUUGCUUCAGCGUUUCUGCUAAUCUUUUUCUCAGAACUAGGGGAUAAGACUUUUUUCAUUGCAGCUCUUCUAGCAGCUAGGAACUCUGCUGCUAUUGUUUUUGCUGGAACUUUUGGUGCACUUGCGGCAAUGACCAUCAUAUCUGUUGUUCUUGGACGAACUUUUCACUAUGUUGAUGAGGUUCUUCCAUUCAGGCUUGGUGGUAGUGAUUUACCAGUUGAUGAUAUUGCAGCUGUCUGUCUUUUGGUGUAUUUUGGAGUUACGACUUUGCUUGAUGCCAGCUCAAGCGAUGGACUAAAGGCAGAAGAUGAGCAGAAGGAGGCAGAGUUGGCUGUCUCAAAAUUCUCAGGAAAUGGUGCUGGGAUAUUAGCUGCUGCCAGUACUGUCGUCAGCACCUUUGCAUUAGUAUUUGUUGCUGAGUGGGGCGACAAGUCAUUUUUCUCUACAAUUGCCCUUGCUGCUGCUUCUUCACCCCUCGGAGUCAUUGGAGGUGCACUAGCUGGUCAUGGUGUUGCAACAUUGCUUGCAGUUCUAGGAGGUUCUUUGCUAGGGACAUUUUUAUCAGAGAAGGAGGAUGAAGUCGUUGUCUUACACACUGUGAACUUAACAUGAAUUUCGUGCUCCCUAAGUUAUCUCUCUCUCAUUUGUCCCUCUAAAAUGUUCAGUGUGGUUUGAAAGGCCAACCAGCCAGGAUUAUGAUAUGACAACACUUUUUUUUUUUUUCUUUUUGUCUUUUAUUCCAUUUGGGGGGGCGGCUGUAUUGAGAUCAGUAUUCCCCCCAAAAGAAAAAAAAAGAGAGGAUUGAUCCUUACAUGAUUACUUUUUCAAUAAAGUAAAUUUAGGGGUUUUGUAGGAGUAAAAUAUUUCCUUAGCUUUUCAAUUAUUGACACAAGUUUAGGAGGAAAGGAUAAUCAGUGAAAAAAUUAUUCGUCGAACUUCUCUUUUGAAUGUCCUAAAAAGUAGUCUUAUGUCUCCAUAAAAAAAAGGGAAAUAAUUCGAAGUAAUUAUUGUUUGAAAUCCCAUUUGCUUCCUCUAAAUCUCUUCCUCCCGAGCUCCCAGCCAAAUAUGAAAAAGAAUAGAAUAUCGAUGAAGCACUUAUCCUUUGUUAUCUUUUCCUUCUGGAAUCUGGAUAUAUCCUAUUUUUAUUGUGACUGUAUUCUUUCUUCCCCAGCCAGAAUUCCAAAGCAAAGAAAUCACUCUAAUAGUCCAAACCCACCACUAGCGGAUAUUGUUCUCUUUGGGCUUUCCCUUUCAGGCU